AUGGAUCGCGACGCGCCGAGAGAGAUGCUCGAUCGCGCGGUCGAGCGCUCGGACGCGGGCGCGAUGGGCGGGGAGACGCGCGCGUGGACGACGGAUGCGCGGCGCGCGCGGGACGGCGACGGGAAAGCGACCGCGGAGGACGAGCGCGCGGCGAAGGACACGGUGGAGAUCACGGGAUUGGACGAUGACGAUCAUAGGUUUAAUCUCCGGACGCUGUGGCGGUUCAUGGGACCCGGAUUCUUGAUGUGCAUCGCGUACGUGGACCCGGGGAACUUUGAGAGCGACCUGCAGGCGGGCGUGUUGUUCGGGUAUAAGUUGUUGUGGGUGCUGUUGUGGGCCACCGCGGGGGGGUGGUACAUUCAAGGGCUCACGAUUCGUCUGGCGCUGGCGACGGGGUGGGAUUUGGCGAGGUGUUUGCGGGAGGAAUAUCCGGACCCGGUGCGGUACGCGCUGUGGGUGAUAUCCGAACUCGGGAUCAUCGCGAGCGAUGUUCCGGAGGUCAUCGGCACCGCGCUGGCGUUGAAACUGAUAUUUAGCAUUCCCACGUGGGUAGGCGUGGUGCUGACGUCGAUGUCAACAAUGGUUUUCUUAGGGUUGCAAUCUUUCGGAGUCCGGAAGCUAGAGGCAUUUAUGGCGUCUCUGGUCGGCGUGAUGUCGCUGUGCUUCUUGGCCGAGUGCACGUACGUCGACGCGGCGGUGUCGAGCGUGACGGCGGGGAUCAUUAUACCGCGCUUGCCCGGGAGCACGGCGCUGUACAUCGCGAUAUCGCUCGUCGGAGCCGUGGUGAUGCCGCACAACUUAUUCUUGCACAGCGCGCUCGUUUUGAGUCGAGGUUUCGUCUUGGGAGAGAAGAGUUUGAAGAUGGCGUACAAGUAUAACGUCGUCGAGUCGGGGUUGGCGUUAUCUGUAUCGUUAUUCAUCAACAUUGCCGUCGUCGUCGUCGCCGCAGCGAAUUUCGCCCAUCUCACAGAUCCGCAGGAGAAGAACAACGUGCGCGAUAGGCCGCUUCAGUAUGCGCCGCAAAUGUUAAAGGAAGUGCUCGGUCCUGCGGCGAAGGGAUUUUUCGCUGCGGCUCUCCUCGCAUCAGGGCAAAGUUCCACCAUCACCGGUACGUACGCCGGACAGUUCGUCAUGGAUGGGUUUCUAGAGCUUCGAGUGAAUCCGGUUUUGCGAGCCUUUGUCACGCGCAUGUGCGCAAUCGUCCCGUCCCUGGCGGUCGUCUUGAUCGCGGGUGAUCAGUACUCAGAGUCUCUGAUCGUGAUAUCAUCGACGAUUUUGGCGAUACAGCUUCCGUUUGCGCUCAUUCCGCUCAUCAAGUUCACCGCGAGCUCGAAUAUUGUGGGACCCAUGGCGGUGAAGCCAAAGGCGUUACGGUACACCAUCGCGCUCACGGGAACCAUCAUCUCAGCCAACGUGAUCCUGGUCAUCUUAACCGUCGCUGAGUCUGGAUUGGUACACGCCUCGCUCGCCGGUGUCUUCCUCGGCAUGAUCAUCACCGCUCUGCUCGGUCUGUACGUCGUCUCACUCGUGUGGCUCGCCAUGCGACCAGUGCAUCAAAACUUAACCGCUAGGAUCGCACCGCGCAUGAAGCGCCCGUCCUCCGCCUCUGAGGACCCCGAGGACGCGGCCUGGACCAAUGAUGAACUCCUCCCGGACCCGAACGAACCCGCCGUGUACUCGCUCUAG